GCGUUUUCGUUCGUUUGCAUGGCUUCGGCAAAAAGAAAGAUCCUGAAUCCUGGCCACAAGAGUUGAUCGCCAUCAAGCUCUCAUAAAAAUUGAUCAUUUAUCAAAACAAAUAGAAUUACCAGCACUCGCAGCACAACUACUGAACUAAAAAGAUCAUUCACCAUGGCUACCAUCAAAGACGGAAAAGGAACCCUCGCAUUGGCCGCUUUCGACACAAAUGCCAAGUUGGAAAAACAUGAAUUUGGACGCCCCGCCCCUGGACCAAAUGAUGUGAACAUUGACAUUCAAUAUUGUGGAAUGUGCCACAGCGACUUGCAUGCUUGCAAUGGCGACUGGGGUCUGAAUGCUUUCCCCAUUGCUCCCGGCCAUGAAAUUGCAGGAGUUGUAAAGAGUGUUGGCGCUGAUGUCAAGGAUCUCAAAGUUGGUGAUAAGGUUGGAGUUGGAUGCUUUGUGGAAGCUUGCUUCUCCUGUGGACUCUGCGAACAAGGCGAACAAAACCUGUGCCGUGAGUGCGUCCAAACCUACGGAAACCCAUAUCCAAAGGGUAAGGGACACGAUGAAUGUGCUGGUUACCACACCAACGGAGGAUACAGUACCUCCAUUACUGUCAGAAGUGACUUUGUUUUCAAGGUUCCAGAAGGCAUAAGCAUGGAGUACGUUGGACCUCUCUUGUGUGCUGGCAUCACCAUGUUCUCUCCCUUGAAUCGUCACAUCUUGAUGAAGGAGGGUGAAAAACCAAAAUCAAUUGGAAUUGUAGGGUUUGGAGGAUUGGGCCAAAUGGGAGUCAAGCUGGCCAAGGCUAUGGGAUGCGAAGUGACCGUGUUGUCCAGGUCCACCAGUAAGAAGGAUGAGGCUGCCAAACUUGGUGCUGAAAUCUUGGCUCAUUCCGACGAGGAAGCCAUGAAGGCUGCAGCAUACUCCUUUGAUGUGAUCUUGGAUACAGUCUCUGCCCACCACGAGAUCGCUCCAAUGAUGACAACACUCAAAGUUGGAGGAACCUAUGUUUGCAUUGGUGCCUUCGGCCAAACAUUUGGCAUUAGCCCCAUUGGUUUGAUUUUCAAUCAUCACAAGAUUGAAGGAUCUUUGGUUGGAGGUAUCCCCGAGACUCAAAAGAUGUUGGAAUUCUGCAGUGAGCACAACAUCUUGCCUGAGAUCAAGGUCAUUGCGGCCAAGGACGCAACCGAUCAAUUCAAAGCUUUGGCUGAUGGCUCUGCCGGAGCUCUCCGCGCUGUGAUUGACAUGUCUACACUUUCUGACCUUCCUGCCCGCGCCUAAGUGAUGCGUUCCCAACCAUUCUUUGUGGUUGAUGUUUAAUUCAAAACUUACUACGUACUAGUAGCAAUCAAAAUAGCUGAACCAAUUAUCUUUC